AUGAGGCUUUCCUCGCUCGCGCUAUGGCUCGGCGCAGCAGCCCUCGGUGCUGCGCAAGCCAUUGGAGCCGAGAAGGAGACAAAUCCCAAGAGGGAGAACACAUAUUUUGAUGGCAAGAAAGUGCCGCCGUUGCUAGAACUGACGGCCGAUUCCUUUGCCGAAGAACUAACCAAAACGAAGUAUUUGGUGGUGAAAUACUUCAGUCCAUACUGCCCUCACUGUGUCGCCUUCGCCCCGACUUAUCAGACCCUAUACGAGUUCUACUACACGUCGGAUCCUCCUACAGCAUCUAAGGAGCAAUCAUUCGAAGAGUACUACGACAUUCGAUUUGCCACGCUCAACUGUAUCGCAUACGGUGACAUCUGUACCAAGCACGAGAUCAGGUCAUACCCCCAGACUUCGCUUUUCAAGAAUGGCGAAUUCGUCGAUGCUGUGCAUGGCGGCAAGAACAUGACCCUUCUGUCCAACCUCAUUGAGACUGAGCUGGAAAAGGAGCACCCUCAAAGCAGACCGCGCGCCCUUCUCCUGCCUGAGCCUGGCGACGCCACUAGUCCCGACCCUGCCGAAGCUGCGAAGAAGGCAGCGGCAGCGGCCGUCGAGGAUGAGAAGUCGCUGAAGGAUGACGCAACCGACACAACCGAAAAAACCUCCAAGACUGACAAAACCGACAAGGCUGCUGCCAAGGCUGACACAUCGUCAAAGAAGACUGACGCCAAAGAUAGCAAGAAGGUCGGGACAUUGGAGGACAACAAGGACCCAUAUGUCAGCAUCCCAUUCACUCCUCCCGAGGUCAAGCACCAGAAGCCGAGCACUACGCCGAACAAGGAGGGCAAGUCUGUGUCCCUCACUGCCGAAAGCUUCCAGCAGCUCGUCACGAUGAGCCAAGACCCCUGGUUCAUCAAGUUCUACGCGCCCUGGUGCCACCACUGUCAGGCCAUGGCCCCGGCUUGGCAACAGCUUGCAAAGGAAAUGCAAGGCCGCCUCAACGUUGGAGAGGUCAAUUGUGAUGCCGAAUCGAGACUCUGCAAGGACGUCCACGUGCGAGGAUAUCCCACCAUUCACUUCUUCAAGGGAGGUGAGCGUGUUGAGUACGACGGUCUCCGUGGCCUCGGUGACUUUGUCAAAUAUGCCGAGAAGGCCUUGGACGUUGCUGUUGGUGUUCCCGACGUCGAUGCCGAGUCUUUUGCUGCUAUGGAGGAAAAGGAGGAGGUCGUCUUCCUCUACUUCUACGACCAUGCCGCCACUUCAGAAGAUAUGCUGGCAUUGGAGAGGCUGCCACUUAGCCUUAUUGGCCGUGCAAAGCUUGUCAAGACCAGAGACCCGGUUCUGUUUGACAGAUUCAAGAUCACUACUUGGCCCAGACUCAUUGUUGUUCGGGACACAAGACCAACAUACUACAACCCACUGACGCCGCGAGAGAUGCGCGACACGCAUCUUGUUCUCAACUGGAUGAAGUCGGUCUGGCUGCCUAUCAUUCCCGAGUUGACUGCUUCAAAUGCCCGCGAAAUCAUGGAUGGAAAGAUUGUCGUGCUCGGCAUUCUUAACAGGGAAGACCAGGAAUCCUUCCUCGGUGCCAAGCGUGAGAUGAAGAGUGCCGCCAAUGAAUGGAUGGACAAGCAGAUUCAAUUGUUCCAACUCGAGCGACAGGAAUUGCGAGACGCCAAGCAACUCAGGAUUGAAGAGGCCGAAGACCGCAAUGACCAGCGGGCGCUUCGAGCUGCCAAGGCCAUCCGGAUCAACAUGGACAGAGCAGACCGCAAGGAGGUUGCUUUUGCCUGGGUUGAUGGUGUUUUCUGGCAGAGGUGGAUCCGCACAACGUACGGUAUCGACGUCAAGGAUGGCGAGCGUGUGAUUAUCAAUGACGAAGACAACCGAAGAUACUGGGACCAGACCAUCACUGGAAACUACAUUGUACCUUCGCGAACGUCGAUCCUCGAGACUAUCGGCAAGGUCACUGCAUCGCCGCCCAAGAUCAAGCCCAAGUUGACCAUCUCGAGCUUUGAGAAGAUCUUCUUCGACAUCCGCAUGACCUUCUCAGAGCACCCAUACCUGAGCUUUGGCUGCGUCGCUGGUCUCGCCCUCGGUGCCGCCUCUUGGUUCCGCGGUCGCGUCCGAAGGAGAGGUGGUCACUUCCGACUUGACGAGAACCUGCCCAUCAAGGAGCUUAAGGAGGGACUCCUUGGUCACAGCUCCAAUGGCAAGAAGGAUUAA